AUGUCAGCACCAUCUCCCGGCGACCCUAUGGAGAUCACCUCCACCAACGCCAGCAGCACUUCGCCAUCGAGCAAAAACAACGACGCAGACGCCAACGGCGCAUCAAAGAACACUUCGCCCACCGACCAAUCCGCCAACAGCUCCGUCACCAUGCCCGCCGCGCCCGCCGCCGCCGCGGCGGCUGUUCACCAGCCCAAGAUCGUGCAGACGGCCUUCAUACACAAGCUCUACAGUAUGCUUGAAGAUCCUAGCAUCCAGCAUUUGAUAUCGUGGUCGGCGAGCGCCGAGAGCUUUGUCAUGUCUCCAUCGGCCGAUUUCUCCAAAGUUCUUGCCGACGUGUUCCACACCACGAGUCCCGAGACCGCGUUGUGGGAGUUCAAGCAUGGAAAUGGCAACUUCAAGAGAGGCGACCUUGUUGGCCUACGCGAAAUCAAGCGCCGCGCUUCUCGUCACGCUCUCGUGCAUCGAGAAUACCCAAACACCAAGCCGAGCCCGUCACAGCCUGGGACACCCGCCGAGCCGAUGCCGCCCCCUAACGAUGGCUCCGAUCCGCGAAUGUCUGGGCUCGAGCACACUCUGUACGACCUCGGCAUGCGAUUGCAGAGGAGCGAAGAGAAUGCUCAUUACAUGCACAUCAAGCAACAGGCGGUCAUGGAAACCAUGUCGCGACUCCUUCAGUUCAACCAGGAGCUGUCGAGGACGGUUCUAAGCUUGGUCCCGAGCCCCGACAACCCGGUGCACCGAGAUGUUCUGAACUUGCAAGGUGAGAUGGCAAGACAGGCAGAUAUGCUCCGGACUAUCGACGAUCCCCAGGAAUCGCCAUUCGCAAACAGUCGAGCGUACUUUUCCAAUGUCGAGAACGCACCCGUCUCCCCGCGGCAGAUGCCCCAAGACGAUCCCAGGCGGAGUGCCAACCUUGCGGUGCCCCAGCCCAGAGGGCAGAAUUUCUACCGACCUCCUGUGCCCUCGAACCUUUCCAUCAGCACCCGACGGCCGUAUGGCUCAAUUGGAGGUGGCACGGCGCCACAGGCCUCGUCUCCCUUGCGGGGGGCGCCGCCUCCACCACCCCCUGGACCGCAUCCCUUGGCUCAAGUUGAGCCGCCUCCUGGAAGUCUCGCAAGACGUCACACAUCUGCUGAUAUUCGCGCACACGGCUGGCAACCAAGCGCCCCGCCGCCGUUUGCCUCGGGCCCUCCGUCUGGGCCACCCUCGGGGCCAUGGCCAUCGUCGCCUAGUCGACUUGCACCGGAAGACCAGCGCCUCCGAGAGUCCCUCUCGACGUAUUCUUUGCAAAACGCAUCCCACUCGCGACCCAUGUCGAGGCCCACGACGCCUCCAGGCGUGCCGUUCUCGAACGGUGGCGGCGGUGGCGGCGGCGGGGACGCGUUUGGAAAUUGGUCGUGGAACUCUGCCAACCGGGACAACAAGAACCUGGCCAUCAGAGACCACUCUGGACCACCCACCCGCCGUGGCAGCAUGGCGCAUAUCCUCAACCCUACUGACACGGCCGAGCGUGACGAUGAGGACGAGGACCCUCGAGGCGACGAUGACCGGAAGCGCAAGCGGAUGCAGUGA